UUACCCAACAACUUAGUGUCACUAAAACCGCAGCUCAUCAUCCACCGAAUUUAUUGCAAAAUGUUUCUGUUCCAAGUUGGUUUGUUAGCUCUAUUGUGUUUUGUAAAUAUCCAGUUGAUAAAUAGCUCCUGCCAAAACUCCUUUGUUGUGAUAUGUGACAAUUUAUCAGAUGUUCCGUACAACCCAAAGAGGAAAACAUGGAGUGAACUACUAAUUCAACAAAAAGACUACAAUGACGAUAAACCUCGCUACACAUUAACAUCGCUACAACUAAACCGCGACCUAUCCAAUUUAAAGUGGUUAAUAAUCAUCCAACAGUUAUCACAAAUACAAAAGAAUGCCUUUACUUACUGCAAAAAUUUACAACAACUGAUUCUCUAUGGAAACAACUUGCCAACUAUAAAAAAACAAACGUUUGUUGGCUUUCGGAAUUUACUGAAACUAGCUCUGGAGAACAACAAUAUUGACCACCUGGAAAAGAACGCUUUUGUUUUAUCAACAAUUGAAGUGCUCGAUCUCUCCUAUAAUCAGAUACAAUUACUACCAACAGAUUUGUUUAAAAAAUGUAAAAUAACUACAUUAAAAAUCACUAACAACAGACUGUGGAAUGUAGAAUUAUAUUCCCUCCCACGAGAUUUGAAGAAUCUUCAUUUGGACGGUAACAGUUUGAAUUCUCUACCGCAAGAAAUCAACAACCUUAAACAACUGGAGGAACUUACAGUCAGCAACAACAAGCUGGACAACGUUCCAAAUCUCGAUCAACUUACGUCACUAAAAAAGCUCGAUCUUUCUUUCAACGGGAUUCAAACAGUCAGUUCAGAGUUCAACAGUUUACGAAACUUAAAAUAUCUGGAUUUGAGCAGCAAUAAAAUAGAAAAGUUUAUUUUCACCGCACCGUUUAUUCAGAAUAUUAAAGAUCAGUUCUUCCUACUGCUGGCUCACAAUAAGUUAAGAAAUCUAGAUUUACGUAGGAUACAGAAUACAGAAAUCACUACAACACUGUUCGGAAAUCCCUGGAAUUGCAAAUGCAUGGACGCAAUUUUUCAACUGAUUCGCAACCACAAUAUCACCACAACAGCGUGUGAUUCCCGGAUUUUUGCUGCUGGAAAAAAUCCAUACUGCAUAGUUGAUGAUAAUCCCUCUUGUUCUGAAGAAAAGAUUCCGAAUUAUGUGUUGGACAAUUUCGUAAAGGCUUGCAACGACAGCAUCUGCGAUAUAUUUAACGAUAUAGACAUUUUUGUUAAAUAAGUACACUAUAAAAAUAUUAGGUCUUAUUCUGUAACAAUGAAUGUUCUAGGAUUUAUUAGUGACCCUUCAUUUUUAUCGUAAAUUAAAACCUCAAAUGCUUUAGCUUUUUCCAUUCUGUUCUUAUGGGCAAAAUAAAAAUAAACUUGU